CGGCAGGAGGCACGGGCGUCUGUCAGUGUGAGUGCAUCGCUGCUGGUCGAAUGUGGUGCCCUCGCGCACUUCUCUUUCGGCACGGUUUAAUUCGAGUGGAUUCGUUCGACGGUUCGACCUGACUGAGUGAAGUCUUUCGCUGCAUGAUAACACACGGCAAGCCGCCAUCAAAUAUUGAUACAACGAAUUGGCCGCCAGUAGGUUGUUAAGUGCUUCAUUAUAAGUCAACGGAAAGUGCGAGAUUGUCACUGUCUGGAACCUGCCUGCUGGAACACAGACGGAUUACAGCUAAGGAAGAAAAUUUCGCUGCCUGCAAGCAUUGAAGUAAUUGUGUAACACAUUUUUCUACUCCUGGAAAGCUGCUGCUGUGGCAUAAGGGAAGAUUCUCCACCCACCGCCAUUCUAGUGAUACGGAUUGUCCCGUCCCAAUCUAGUGGAAGAGUAGCGAAAUGGAAUAUCAGAAGUGAGUUAGCAGUUUUUUUUUCAAUUUUUCGCUGGGCUUAGAAAAAGGGCGAGUCUUGUUUGGUGAGGAAGAACUUCUUGCGAGUGUUAUCAAUCUCUCAGCUGUGAUGCUAAACAGUCCUAGUGAAGCUAACCAGUCGAGAACAACAGUUUGUUUGUAACAUAUGGAAUGGAAAAUCCUACCCCAAGAACAACAUUAGCGGCAGCAAUCGGUGAUUGCAUAUCCGAACCAAAAGCGACAAGUUUUCCUCAAAUAAGUACCAAUAGCGAGAGGAGUUCAAUAUGCAUUGGCAGAUCUGAGAAGCUUUCGCAGGAAAUAACUGCGCCGUAGAGUGGAUUGCAGCGUGAUACAGAACACACCAACAGCCGAGCAAAAUGAUGAUGGAAAUCCUGCGAUGGCUGCCAGGAGCCUGCGGCAGUCUGGGUCCCGCACUGAUUCCCCCAGCCCACAUAGCGGUACUGUGGUACUUUUGGCAAAACUAUUCUCGCUACGUGGAUAAACGGUUUUGCUCCUGCUCCUGCUGGGAUACGGUUUUUAAAGGAACCUACGAGUCGGGGAUCGCGUCCUACAAGCACAUGUACUUCAAUGCCACCCAGAACACGAUGAAGAUGUGGCUGCUGAUCGUGAUCGGAGUCAUAUCGCUGUAUGAAUGCACCAAAUAUCUGACCCAAUUGCUGCUGCAGAAUCGAGUCCGAUACACCAUGAUCGUACUGUUCUUGCUGUCUAUCUUCUCCCACUACUACGCCUGGUGGGCAUACCUAAAUUACUACAACGACGAGUACUACAACCAGUGGAACCAUCAGCUGUUUUUCACGAUCACUGAACUCAUAUCAACCAGCUUCGUGCUGCAUCUAGCCAACGCGGAAAACGUGGUGACAUCUCGCAAAACACUAGCUAUCGUCGGCAUUGCCAUUCUGCACAUCCUGGCCAGCGGAGUAGACCAGUUCAUAUCAAACGUGUUUCGUGGUGAAGGAUACCCGCAUCAGGUGGUGCGCGAUCUUGGUUUCAUGAUUCCGGACGUCAUGCAUCUACUCAUUCCACUGUGGUUACUGCGGCAGACACGCAAGGAAAGCUUCAGUACCCGGCCCUUCUACCGGGAUCGGAAUCUCCGGCGGGAUGUUGUGCUCAUGUUCUGCGUAGUAGCAGUAUUAUUUACGAUCUGUUCGUUUCUGUAAGAUUCGAACUCGGAGAUGGUCCCUCCCUUCCAGCGGGGUUGAGCUCAUCAUUUCCAGAGUUCACUUUUUAAAACCCAUUACUAUUAACUAUACACGUGAGAAAUACGUUAACCAGUGUGCUAUCCUGAAUUCUUCCAUUGCAACAUCAAGACCGUGUGUGUGGGGUCGGAACGAAUGAGAGUGAGAUGCUAUUAUAAUGGCGAUUAGUUUUCCACUAUUCUUAAAAACAAAAAAAAACUUUUUAACUGCAUUGUUUAGAAAAAGUACCACAGAAGAAACCAAAACGGAAGAUAACAAAAAAUAUCUGUAAGACUGUUUGUCGUGUUUUUGAGCUGAGUCGCUUCGUUGCUGUCUAUUUUAAGUGUGUUCCAAAGUCCUAAAGUAGAGCAGAUUUGUUAAGCAGCAAGCUAACCAGCUUAGUAAAUCGAAAACAUUGAUACCGUAGUGCAAACAUAUCUUCUGAUCUACGUAGAAAUAUACAUCGUAGAGACAAAAGCCAGAAAAUCGUAGCCAUUUUAUGGUGCAAAAAAUUAGCGAACCACAUUGACUUUAUCCCAACGCGUUAAGCUAGAUUAUCAUGAACUGCAGAACUGUAAAAUAACUCGUAAAUCUAUCAUCCAGAAUUUCCAUCAUAUCAGUUCCUAAGUUCCUCUAUGAUAAAAGCUGUUCAGUGCUUUUUUUAGUUUUCUCGUACAUUUUCGCUAAAGGAAUUUUAUCCACCAAUUUUACUUCUUCCCCAACCGAAUUGUUAACAAAAUAUUAUCAAAUAGAAGAUAGUAGACAAUAACUUUGAACGGAUGAGAACGCGAAAUUUAGACGAGUGAAAAAAAUCAGCUAAAAUUGAACGGUUAGAGACCACAGUAUUCUAGAGCCGGUUGUUGCCUCGAAAUCGACUUAUUAAUUAAUUGUAUAUGUUGUUAGGUUUAGACAUUGUUGUUGACUCCAAACAUAAGUGAAGCAAGCAAGCACACACGUACACACCACGGUAAAACCACAAUAGCAGCUAGGAACGAUGUAAUAUCUAUAAAAAAAAUAAAAAAACAAAAAGCCAAAGAUACACCCGCGAUGAAGAAACGUAAUCUUCUGACAGCCAACCUCAAAUGAAAAAAACGAAAUCUCUGCCGUAGAUCGCAUAAACUAGAACGACAAAACCUUAAUCAAGUAUAAUGAUCAAAAUUGAGACUCGACUCGAAGGUCUUUUUCGACAGUUCCCACCAUUGUGUAACUUAAGUUAUUUUUGUUGAAUGAUGAACAAACAGUAGCGUAAUAAACCAUGAAUAGUGAUAAUAACUAGCUA